GGCGUGAAGGAGGAAACCCUAAUCAGGGUGAUGCUUGAAGAGAGGCGGCGUGCCCCCGUCCCAGGUCUUUGCACGGAGCCACUCUUCGUCUCCCCCGAAGCCGAUUUCGCCAUCGCGUCCUCUUGGUCGUGAAGGCAACCAGCUCUAGUCAUGAAGCUAAAUAUCGCUAACCCCACUACGGGGUGUCAGAAGAAAGUCGAGAUCGAUGACGAUGCCAAGCUUCGUCAAUUUUAUGACAAGCGUCUUGCUCAAGAGGUCAGUGGUGACCAGCUUGGUGAUGAGUUCAAGGGAUACGUUUUCAAGAUUAUGGGAGGAUGUGACAAGCAGGGUUUCCCCAUGAAGCAGGGUGUCUUGACCCAGGGACGUGUGCAACUGCUGAUGCACCGAGGUGUUUCAUGCUUCCGAGGAUACGGACGACGCAAUGGAGAACGCAGACGCAAGUCCGUGAGAGGCUGCAUCGUUAGUCCCGAUCUGUCAGUACUGAAUCUUGUCAUUGUCAAGCAAGGCGAUAAUGACCUUCCCGGGCUUACCGACAUUGAGAAGCCAAGAAUGAGGGGUCCCAAGAGGGCUACCAAGAUUCGGAAGCUCUUUAACCUCACCAAGGAGGAUGACGUGCGGAAAUAUGUGAACACUUACCGCCGCUCAUUUGUGUCAGCGACCGGAAAGAAACGCAGCAAAGCUCCCAAAAUUCAGAGACUAGUGACACCUCUUACGUUGCAGAGGAAGCGCCGCAGAAUCGCUAUCAAGAAAGAACGAGUUGCCAAAUCCAAGGCCGAAGCCGCUGAGUACCAGAAGCUGUUGGCACUUCGCCUUAAGGAACAGAGAGAGCACCGAAGUGAGAGUUUAGCAAAGAAGCGCGCUUCUCGUGCUUCAGUUGCCAAGCCUGAUAGCAGUGCUUAAAUCCUCUUAGGAAUGUGUAGACCAGAGUCUUUUGUGGGAAUCUGGCCACUGUUGUUGAGGAACCUUUUAUACUUAUACGAGUAUACUUUCAUCAUGUUGUUUCUUCGCCAAUGGGUACGAACUUAAUCUUUUUGUCAUCCUUCGUGAAGGACCUAUCUUUC